GAUAUGAUGGACGAGAAUGAUCCGGAGGAUGUCAACCCGUCGGGCAGGCUGGUUUCGACUUCUGGUUUUGAGAGUUUUCUAGCUCGACUGACUAGGCUUCGACGUUCGGGAGGCGACGCCCAGCUUGCCGGGCACUCUGAGUACGUUUUCAGCAUUCUGGGGCAAAUGACAUACGUGAUUGAGGCUGACGAACCGUCGAGUCCACGAUCCGAGGCCAGCCAGACUGACUUGGAUGGCGAAGAGCUCAACAAAUCGGAGCAGCGUAUGAUCGAGAGUAUGCAAGCCUACUUGGAUCGGCAUCCCGAUAUUCGGGAUGCCUUGCGAGGGAAGCCCCGUGAAACCUUGGAGGCUUGGUUGGGUGAGUACGCAGACUCCAAGGAUCCGGAGAAAGAUCAGGUUUGGUUGCUAGACUGCCUAGUGGAUCCGGAGCAGGAGCAGGAGCCGCCAUGCAAGGAUGAAGAGGGCGAAGAUUGGAAGCAAGAGGCUUGGUCUGAUUGGGAUUGGACCGAUUCCAAUCCAUGUGGCUGGGCGGAGGCCAAAGGUGGCUGGGCAUCUACCAGCGAUGGAUGGAAUCAGAACGAUGCCUGGACCGCCGGAUGGGAUUCCAAUGAUGGUGGCUGGACCAAAGAUGACUGGUCCAAUGAAUCCUCCACGAACGGCUGGAGCGAGGGCGAUUGGGCCAAUCAGGGCUGGACCAAUGCCUGGGCCGAUCAGGGCUCGACCAAGUCCUGGACCGAUCAGGGCUCGACCAAGUCCUGGACCGAUCAGGGCUCGAGCAAUGCCUGGGCCAAGCAGGGCUCGAGCAAUGCCUGGGCCAAGCAGGGCUCGAGCAAUUCCUGGGUUGAUCAGGGCUCGGCCAAUGCCUGGGCCAAGCAGGGCUCGACCAAUAUCUGGCUCGAUGAACCCUGCAAAGAUGAUUGGGAUGGCUGGACCGAGGCUUCCACCUAUGAUGGCUGGACGCAAGAUGGCUCGAUUUCGCAAUGGAGCCAAGUUGAUUCGGACACUUGGGAGGAGCAGUCUCAGACGGUUUGGCCCAAGCAGGCUGCUUCGUAUCAAGUGCCAUAA